AUGAAGGGGAAGUUUGUAAGGGUGUGUGCAAACAAGUGGAGGAAGAUAGGAAGUAGAGGGAGCUUACCUUCUUCUACAUGCUGUGAGAAUUGCUGUCAAUGGGCUUUGUGGUCUUCCAUGCAUGAAGAAAACUCAAUCCCAAAAGAUGUCCCAAAGGGUCACUUAGUAGUCUAUGUGGGUGAGAACCAGAAGAGGUUUGUGAUCAAAGUCACCUUACUUAAUCACCCUCUCUUUAGGGCAUUGCUCGAUCAAGCUCGAGAAGAAUACGAUUUCCAUGCUGAUUCGAAACUCUAUAUCCCGUGCGACGAGAGUCUUUUCCUCGAUGUUGUUCGAUGCUCUAGCUCUCCGGUUGAUCGAAAGUUUCCUCUGUGUCUUUGAGAAUUCA